AUGGCAUCCUCGCAGGAGAUUGCAAAGACGUCUUCCUCCCUCUGUCCCCAAGGCUUGACGCCACCGGAAAGCCCAGUGAUGGGGUUGGCUAUGCCCCAUGCUACCACGGAGAAUCUGAAACAUCUCUUCCAUGUGCUUAAAAAGGUGCUGUCUGAUCUUACCAACCGUGAACCUCCAAACACUCCUGUCACCCAGGACCAGUGCCCACCAGGUCCCGACGUGGUUCGACUGAAGCAGUUACUGGAACGUGCAUCGGUCGAACUCUCUCAGGCAGCCGAGCCAUCUCAGUCUUACUUUCCCGACAAUGAGCAGGCAGAGAAGGUCCAGGUGGCAGAUACGCUUGAACUCGAAACUCCCAUCUGUACAACGCCGGAUCAUUUCGAGAGAUUUGAGAAAUGGGCAUCCAAAGCCCAAUACAAAACAGUUUUGGAAACCUGGGACAAAGAAGCAUGUAAAUACGAGAUCACUGAAUCGGCGGAGGCCAGCGGUGAUCCAGACAACUAUGCUGAAUAUGCAUUCGUUGUCCGCAAACGUUUGGAACGAAAUGCCGAGGAAGUGACGCCGUACAUAGACGUCAAGUCGGAAGGCUUGCGCGACAUCCUGCGCGUGGUGCUGCACGAUAUCAAAGCCAUUAGCCUAAUGGAGGACAAGCCAUCGAUCGAGCAAAAUAUCCUUUUCCAUUUCCUGCCAGAGUUCAACAAUUAUGCUGAAAAUAUGAACACAUCAGACUGUGAAUUCACUCAUCAACACCUUCUCUUGCUCAUCGACCACCUCGAGCAAGCAUAUUCAGCUACUUCGCAGCGUCUCUCGUCAAUUCUACAGCACGACCGGGUUCCCACGUUUUCACCACAUGCUUUGGCACAAAGGAGCCGCGAUGUGUCAUAUUCGACGCGGGGGGAAGAGGUGACCCAGAAUAAUGAGAUGUGGUUCAAUCUCGAGUGCCGGUUCCUUGAUUAUGACGGAGUCAAGUUCGGCGAGGCCGGUAUCUUUCUGCGUGUGGCAAAGUUCCGAGGGUCAAAGCCGAUCGAGAGCCUCGAGGCCUUUCCUCUCUGCCACCAUCCAAGUCACGAACAAGUCCAGAAAGACUUGGUCGAAAGAGGCCAAAAGUUUCGGAAUCUGGCUGGCUCGCACAUUCAGCACUGUACAGGGAACGCAUUCUUUAUGAACAAGGGGAAGAUUUUCAAAGUCAACAUCAACAGUCGAGUAGCGGUGGACGCCGCAUUUUUCCAUGAAAUGCAGCCAAACUACUCCCGACCGUCACUCCGCAAUAUGGGGGCAAAAGACAAGGAUGGCAUUGCCGUCCUUGACAUAGGUGCAAUGUUGGCUGAAGAUCGUGAGCGAGAGAAGGAGAAAAUGCAAGGAGACGGUAUGGAUGCACAAAAACUGAGGGAGGCUGAUUUCUUGGUCGCUUGCCCAACGGUUUGUUGUUUCAGUUUCAAGGAGAAAAUGUUUUUGGAGUGUGCAGUCAGUGCUCUUCGGGACGUGGACUGGUCACUUGAGUCGUUUAACUGCCUGAAGAUCCCUUCAGAGGCCAAGACCCUCCUCUUGCCAUUGGCGAAAACCCGCCUAGGUCUGAUACCGACGGUACCGUUCGACGACGUAAUUGAUGGAAAAGGCCAAGGACUCAACAUCCUUCUAAAUGGCCCACCCGGCGUUGGAAAGACAUUUACAGUUGAGGCAACCUCGGAGUAUUUCAAGCUCCCACUCUAUUCGAUAUCUGCAGGCGAACUUGUCGUCGACCACGGCGAUUCCAAUGCGCUUGAGCAACAACUUGAAACAGUGUUCAAGAUCGCCAAACACUUUAAUGCCAUACUUCUCUUGGAUGAGGCAGAUGCAUUCAUGGAGCAGCGUACAUCUUACCACGAUACCCACAAUCGCCUCGUGACUGUUUUCCUCCGGAAGCUGGAAUAUUAUCAAGGAAUUCUUUUCUUGACUUCAAAUCGGGGUGUCCAGUUUGAUGAUGCAAUUCUCAGCCGGACCCAUUUGACCAUUGAGUAUGAAGAUUUGACGAGAGAGUUUCGCAGAGAUCUCUGGUCAACUUUUCUGUCCAGGGCAUGUACGAUGCAAGGACCCGCCGUUGUUGAAGAAGACGACCUCCGACGAUUAGAGUCAUUGGAUCUGAAUGGACGAGAGAUCAAAAACAUCGCCGCUAUCGCGCAUGCUCUCGCUGAAGCGGACGUCAACCAGGUGAACUACAAAUACUUGGAGUUAGCCGCCGAAUCUAAUAAAAAAUUUUCAAAGGAGUUUGGCAGAGGGAGGCCUGUUGAUGGAAUGUAUGUCUAG